GCAAGGAAUCGGACGCUGCCGCUCAGAGGAAUUUCCCGUCCACAGGCGCUAAUGCAUUUAUCUCUGCUCUGCAGACGGAGAGUCCGAAGCACUGAGGAUAAGUGACUUGUCCAAGGUGACUUCGCAGCCGAGUUCAAGAGCGGACUCUGAAGUCCUGGCUCCAGCCCCCUGCCCUGCCUGCAUCAGUCGCUAACAUCGCCAGAGCUUUCUUCUGUGAGCACUGCGGCUGCAUCCCGCUUUGCCCUGCUCCGCUCUGCUGCUCUGUGAGCAGGGACCGCUGCUACCUGCCUGCUAACACGAACUGAGAAAAUAGCCGUAGGGACGCAAUGCACUGCUUCAGCGCAGCCACCGGCACGCCUGCCGACAGGUUUGCACGUCUUUGCGAUUGCCUUCGCCUUGGAGGUGUCGGUGGGGAAGACCAACACUGUGAUGGCUCUGAACAACUCCAAUGUCCUGCUGCCCUGCACCUUCACCACCUGCAUAGGCUUUCAGGACCUGGUCUUCACAUGGCAUUUCAACUCGACAGAGAUGAUUUACCACGGCAAGAUAAAGAGCAAAGCCUCAGAGCCCUUCCUCGUGGGACGCAACCCACGGGUUGAGUUUGUCGGCUCGACGACCGGGAAGGACAACAAUAUCUCCAUCGUCCUGAAGAACGUGGAGUUCAGCGACGCUGGGAAAUACACUUGCCACGUCAGGAACCCCAAGGAGAAGAACGCGGAGCACAACGCCACCAUCUUCCUCACAGUGGUCCAGAAGAUGGUGGAGGCAGACAACACCGUGACGCUCAUCAUCGUGGGCGUUGUGGGGGGGCUCAUCGGCCUCCUCAUCCUCUUCAUGCUCGUCAAGAGGGUUGUCCUGUUCAUCAUCAAGAAGACCCAGGAUGGGAAGAAGGAGUGUCUCGUGAGCUCAUCAGGGAACGACAACACUGAGAAUGGCUUGGCCGGCUCCAAGGCGGAACAAAAAGCACCACCAAAGGCAUGAAGCAGCGGCGCCCCGAGCCCCGGCCCGCCCAGCAGCGGGGAGGGUGGCUGGGGGACAAGCCUUUCCCUUUUGUUUUCUUUCCAAACUGCCGAUGCUUGAGACAUGUUUCUAUUACACACGUGCCUGCAACCUGCACUGCUUCUCGGAAAAGACUUCGGCUGCCGUGGGGACUGGGAGCUUCUUGUGGACUUGGACUGGGAUGUCGCUGGGACAGAGGGAGCCAUCCGCUCCGCUCUGAGUGAAGGC